AUGUCCACGGAUUUCAGCUAUCUCCUGGGGCCAACCAACAGUGAGGCUAUGCGUGGUACCACAGAGGAUGGAGCCCUACUUCCUGGAGAUUCGCAAAGUCCUGGCUCCCUCCUUUCUCAUACCCAGUCUCGCUCUAUCGACUCUCACUAUGACAACCUGGGAGGCAACAGUCUCGCCAUGCCAUCCAUGCAUCCCAACUCGCUCUAUAGUCCCUCGAAGACACAGACCCGCCUUCCACUGUCCCUUCCGCUGCAACAGUUUCCCGACUGCCUGACUCGCCUCCCGAGUACAGAUCCAGUUCACAGGUAUGGCACGCGGCUCAUGGUCCAAGUGCUGCGAUCCUAUCCGGCCAUGAUGUUGCGAAGGGAGACGUUUCCACCAUUCAUUCACGCGCGGAACGGCCGCGGCACCCAAACUCUGCCGGCACCGCUGGCCAACUGCAUGGGAAUCGCACAAUUGUUCGCUGGACGUUCACCAGAGACGCGUUCUUUUUUGUGGCACUCGAUCCGAUGUGAGAGUCAGCAUGCCAUGAACAACGCUUACUCUAUGUCGAAGGAGGACCUCCUAGCAUCCGUUCAGGUGCAGAUGAUCUUCUUGAUCAUGCGCGUCGUGGAUGAGGCCAUUGAUCCUCCAGAGCUCAACUAUGAAUUGCUGUGGAUCUUUAAGCUUCUCUGCACACGUUUUGCAGAGGUCGGGAUGCCUGAUGGAGAGGCCACCAUUGCAGCCAACACAGAAUGGGAAGAAUGGGUGCAAACAGAAUCCAAGAUACGGACCGCGCUCACCUUCUUUGUGAUUAGUCAGAUUGUUUCUGUGUAUACAGGAAUCAAGUGUGGACACAUGGACGAGUUCCAGAGCAUUCCACUCUGCUCGGCUAAGACACUGUGGGAGGCACGAACCGACGUCGAUUGGGCAUCGGAACGUGCCCUGACACUGCAGCGGGGUGAUGGCCUCCAGACCAUUGGCGAUUUGAUGCAGUUACAGAGCAUGUGUGGAGGCUCGCAGCAGGAAAGAGCCUUGGACAGCUGGAACGCAUCUGCAGACGGGUUGGGCCAUUUGCUUGGCAUAGCGGCGAGCAUGGUGAGUUGUGCUGAGAAGAAGUCCAUCGGCACUUUUUAA